AAAAUCGGCCCCACCGAUCCUCUAUGUGCGGCUCAGGAACCAUGGAAAGAAGUACCCUUGAGCUUACAAGCUUAUGCCACGAGACCAGCCAGCGGGCACCUGCUCAACUACAUUCAUUCCUUCUACAUUAUUAUCCCGUUCUAUUUCGUCAUAACUCGACUCUAAAUACCUAACGCCGACACACAUACGAUCGAUUUCGUGUUUUUAACGUUCACGCGAUGUUCACAGCCGCGCUGCUGACAUGAUCUCUACAACCCGAUCCAAUUACGAUUCGUAGCAACCGAACAUCACAAUGGCAGACGCAGCAGAGGAACCCCUGAUGCAGCAUCAGGAAGAUGACAUGCAAGAUGGCAUAUCCUCGGAACCUGCAGAUACCGAGGACGUGGAUAACGACACGGAAUGGCCGGCAGGUCGUCCGGGCCUAUUCAUCUGGCUCCUAACGCUAUCCGCAGGCAUCAGCGGGCUGCUAUUCGGAUACGACACAGGAGUCAUAUCGGCGACUCUAGUCUCAAUAGGAUCCUCGCUUUCCGGCCGGCCGUUGACGUCGCUCGAUAAAUCUGUUAUUACAUCGUGUACCUCGCUCUUUGCCCUCGUCGCCUCGCCGAUUUCGUCGGUCCUUGCGGACUACUUCGGUCGGAAACCUGUUAUAUUGUUAUCCGAUCUAUUAUUCGUGUUCGGUGCCCUGGUACAAGCUCUUAGUUACUCCGUAGCUGGGAUGGUGCUGGGGAGGUCGAUUGUGGGCGCGGCGAUUGGUGCGGCGAGUUUUGUUACCCCGUUAUACAUCGCUGAGCUUGCUCCGCCUGCUCACCGGGGUAGGCUGGUGACUAUGAAUGUCCUCUCGAUUACACUAGGUCAGGUGGUGGCUUAUGUAAUUGGUUGGGUAUUCGCUGAACAUGGUGACCCCUCGACGGGAUGGAGGUGGCUGGUCGGGUUGGGCGCCGUGCCGGCUGCUCUUCAGUGUGCACUAUUACUGUUCAUGCCUGAGACCCCGCGCUGGUUGGUGAAGGCCGGGAAGUCUUUAGAUGCUCGACGGAUUAUUAAGAAGACAAUAGGGUCUGACGUCGUCUCCCGCCGCUUGGUUGACAACGUCGUGAAGGAUAUCGAAGCAGAACUUAGAGAAGAGCAAGGAAAUGUUACUCCAGUGAGUAAUAGAAGAAAAGGUAGUGAUGGCUGGCUUAAGGGGUGGUACCAACUUCUUAGAGUGCCGAAGAACCGACGAGCUUUGGUUAUUGCAUGCUUACUUCAGGGGUUGCAACAGCUUUCUGGCUUCAAUUCGUUGAUGUACUUUUCAGCGACGAUUUUCACAAUUCUAGGGUUUUCGAUACCCACACUCACGUCGCUAACAGUUGCUGCGACGAAUUUUGCUUUUACCGUACUUGCAUUAUUCUUAAUCGACCGAAUUGGUCGUAGGCGCAUCUUACUGUACUCAAUACCCUUUAUGGUAAUUGGUCUUUGGUUAUCGGCAUUCGGAUUUAGUUUUAUUAAGCUAUCGUCCGGAGAAACCAAUGAUGGCCCUCUAUCUACAACUAUCGAUGCUGCUUCUUCGGGCCCUUCGCAAGAUGCUGCUGUCGUCAUACUGAUAAGUAUUAUGAUAUUUGUAGCUUCUUAUGCUUUGGGCCUCGGAAAUGUUCCCUGGAUGCAAAGCGAGCUAUUCCCUCUGAAUGUAAGAUCGUUGGGUAGUGGAUUAGCAACUGCUACAAAUUGGCUUGCGAAUUUCAUUAUUGGAUUAACAUUCCUGCCUUUAAUGGAUUUACUAACACCCACCUUGACGUUUGGAUUAUAUGGUAUUAUAUGUGUCAUUGGUUGGUAUACGAUUUGGAGAAUAUAUCCGGAGACAGCGGGAUUGACGCUCGAAGAAGCGACUUGCCUACUAGAAAAUGGAUGGGGUGUGAAAUAAAGACUAGAGAGCCUCCGAUAUAUAAGACAAGAGUCAUCCGUUAAGAUAUAUAUCAGUCAACAAAA